AUGGAUUCCAUCUCCUACACAAGAACCUUUGUCGAUUGCCUAAUCACAGAAUUAGCUCAAUAUCAACUCGGGCACCAGGGCCAGACACAGAUUCCACAGGCCUUUCCCGGAUUGUCGGCAUUACCGACAAGCCUGAAACCAUUGAUGUUGACAUUGCACUGUCUCUUCCCCAACGAUUUCCUCCCAGCUCUUGAUAUCCUUGACCGCAAACUCGUGCGCCAGAUUAUGCGCAUGAACCAAUGCGAUGCUACAACAUCUAACCCAGACACGCCCACAGCCCGGUUGGAGCCCGAGGAUAUUUUCCUCGUGAUAUCUGCCUCGGCACCGCCUUCAUCUCCAGAUGCUUCGUCGACUAGACCUCCCACUCGCGAGCAAGAAAAGGGGUACGAGGUUCGGCUGCGUGCCUGGAAUUGCAGCUGUCCUACAUUUACCUUGUCUGUAUAUCGCGACUCUUUCCCACGUCCCGAAUCAGUUACAGCAAAUCACCCUAGUGUUGGGGCAGCCGGACCUAACAAGAAUGGGCUGCCCGAGUACUCAUUUGGUGGGAUGCUGGCGUGUGAUACAACCUGGGUUUCACCCCCUGCCUGCAAACAUAUCCUGGCCUGCCUUUUGUAUGUACGGUGCCCAGAGCUGUUCGGAGUUCACGGGCAUGGCAGGGUUACUGUCUCCAUGGAAGAAAUCGCCGGCUGGUGUGCUGGUUGGGGUGGUUGA